UCGCCUUGAAGUCCCCCUCAGAUACGAGGCAGCAUCCAGCCAUGUGAAUGAAAAAUGGCGGAUGGAUGCCGUCUAUCCUCUGAUGUUUUCGAUGUGCUGAAGAGUACCUAUCAGCCACUGCGACCUGCCAUAAGUGAGGAGGAGCUGUACCACAGAAUAUCAGUCACUUUAUCAACACCUCCGCAGUUGUCAGUUUUAAGAGUGAACACCCUGAAUUCAACCAUUUCUAAAGCAAAGCAACAGCUUGGCAAACUCUUAGACAGGCAGAAUGAAGAAAGUGGCUUAAAUUUAGUCUGUGAGAACCAUAAACACAUACCAGAUAUCCUUGUCACCUCUUCCAAUGGCAAGCAAAAAGACAUUCUUCCAAAUGCCAAAGAGGUAAUUGUAGAUGAACUGUGUGGUGCUGCCAUCCUCAGAGGUGCUGAUGUGUUUGCCUGUGGUGUUUUAGGCACACCUCCAGAGCUGGUCAAGGGUGAAGUUGUAUCAGUAUAUGCAGAUCUUGAUGGUUUAUGCAAAAAAGGUUUCAAGAAACAUUAUGAUGGUCAGAAGUAUUUUGUUGGAAAUGGUAUAGUAAUACUUGCACGAAAUGAAAUUUUCAAAAAGAUUCAACCAAGAGGUGUCGCAGUAAAAAUGAAUAAUCAGCGAUAUGCCCAUCCAUCUUUUGCUCCUUUGGAUCCUUUGAUAUUCUUUCCACAGAACUUACCAUCAACACUAGUGGCACACAAUCUUGAGCCAAGCCAAGGGGAUAUAAUUUUGGACAUGUGUGCAGCCCCAGGUGGGAAGACAUCACAUGCAGCAAUGCUGAUGGGAAAUGUGGGUAGAAUUUUUGCCAUUGACAAAUCAAAGUCAAAGGUUAAGAAACUUGAAGAAAUGUGCCACAGGCUGAACUGGUCAUGUGUGAGGUGCUUUGCGGCUGACAGUACAAAACUUUGUGACGUAUCCCCUUCCAGUGAAGGUAUCCCCAGGGAAGAUCAACAUCCGCCAUUUCAAACUGAGGUCUUUGAUAAAAUAAUACUAGACCCACCAUGCAGUGCUCUUGGACAACGCCCCCAGCUGCAGUGUAAGACAACCAAGUCAGAACUGGCAUCAUUUGCAGUUUAUCAGAAGAAAAUAUUUCACCAGGCUGUGAAGCUGCUUAAACCUGGUGGAACUCUUAUCUACUCAACUUGCACAUUGAAUGUUGAUGAAAAUGAAAACCAGAUUGCUUGGGCUUUGGAAACCUUUCCAGAACUAAACUUAAUACCACAAAAACUGCAUCUUGGUGGAACAGGCAUUGCUGGCCACAAUCUUUCCGAAGAACAUUGUUUGUUAGUGCAACGUUUUGAUCCAUGUCUUAUCUCUAUAACAAAAGAUUGCUUUAAAUCUGAAGACUUUCUUUCAGUGAACAAGGACACAAUUGGCUUUUUCAUUGCAAAAUUCAUCAAAUCUGAUGAUAUCACAUGCUGAGUCAAACAUAUUUUUUAUUAUUUAUCACUUUGAAAAAUUAGUGUAGUUAUGACUACAAUUUCCUCUAAUAAAUUUUCCUUGAAUUUGUACACAUGUAAUAUAGCCUAGUAAUAGCAACAUUUAAAAGCAGACACUUUCAUUUUAUCAACCUCA